GCCCGGGGGCCGAACCAGCCCAGCCGGCCAGGCACACGCUCUGCUUCUCUUCAGACACGUCGUGUCCCUCGCGUGGACAGCAUCGCGCUUGCUGUGUACCUUCUCUCUCUUCUCCCGAUCUUCCUCGAUUUUUCGUAUACAGUGUGUUUAUGCAUCGAUUGCAUCGUACAUUAUUAUGGAUUGUGCGAUGGAGAGGCGUAGGUGAAGAAGAAGAAGAAGAGUAGUGAAGCUACGGUGAAGAUAUGAGUGAAGACUAUUGACGAUAUCGGUGCGCGACUGGGGAAUUUCACUGUCAUCGCUGGUGCUAAACAUAUACAAGCAGGAUUGAAGAAUAAAUCGGAUGCUGUCCUCGGUGCCCUGACGCUUUUCCAGUCGGACGCUUGGAAGCCAGCAGCUCAAGAUGCCGCAUACAGGUCAAGCCGGAGUGAACCAACUGGGCGGUGUCUUCGUGAACGGCCGUCCGCUGCCCGACUGCGUGAGGCAAAAGAUCGUCCAACUGGCCCUCAUGGGCGUAAGGCCCUGCGACAUAUCCAGGCAGUUGCUCGUCUCCCACGGAUGCGUUUCCAAGAUCCUCACGAGGUUCUACGAGACCGGCAGCAUCAGGCCCGGAAGCAUCGGCGGGAGUAAGACUAAGGCCGACUGUUUGCAGCAAGUGGCAACGCCGAGCAUAGUGAAGAAGAUCCUCAGGAUGAAGCAGGAAAACCCGACGAUAUUCGCUUGGGAAAUACGCGAGCAGUUGGCUCGGGAGGGUUGCGAUCCCCAGAAUCUGCCCUCGGUCUCAUCGAUCAAUAGAAUACUCCGAGGCAACGGUCUGCAGACCGAAAUGCCCGGCUCUAACCCAGGCGUCGACUCGGCCAGCACAGCCAUCGCGGCUUAUCAGUCGCAGAUGCCCACGAGCCUCGCUUCCAUUGGAGAGCCACUAAUGCGAGCGGACUACCAGUUCUUUUAUCCCGGAGCACUGGGACCGCUGAACGUCUCCUCGCCGUUGAGCGGAACCUCGACGCCCGUCUGGAAUUCCUCCUUCUACUCGUCCCUCUACCAGGCGACUUCCCUUCGCAUACAGAACGGAGCCCAACUCGCAGACUCGGAACGACUGGCCGACAGUCAGGAGUGCCAGUCGCAGAUCGGUAUGAAAUCGAGCUCGAGCUCGAUGGCCGGUAGCGACGAUUCCCUCGACAAGAGCGACCUCGACGAGCUGGCAACCGAUUCCAACCGAUCUCAGCACUACAGCUCAAAAUCCUACCAAAGAAGCCCGCCGACGACGAUCCUGGAGCUGGGCGGUAAACGCAGCGCUUUCAUGCGGCACAACAAGACGAUCGAUUCCAACUCGCAGAGCCAAGGCAACACGACGAACGUCGCCAGAUCGGAUAGCCAUCAUUCGGGCGCGCAACAGCAGCCUACGCAGCCGAGGAAGAGAAACCCCUACUCGAUUGAGGAACUGCUGAAGAAGGACGAGGAUAGAUCGGUAGCGAAGAGGCCGAGGGUGAUACUCGAUACCGGUAUCGUACAGCCUUGCGGUAUCGUCGUUGGCAAGGACGUUUGAACGAUGUUGUGUUUUAUUUCGGUUUGAUUGUCGCUUCUGAGAAGUGAGUUACACUCGUUUUACCGAUCGCCGCUUCGUUAUUUUAAUUAUUUAUUUUUCUAUGACUUUCGGCGCCAUGCUUCGUGUGAAAAUACCAAAAAGAGCUGAAAAUCGAAUAUUAGUUGUGUACAUUACUUAUAACGAUACUCCGGGGGGAGGCACGAAAGGACGAAAAAAUCGGUUGACAAAAUUGUAAUUAUGCGCGUCGCCGCCCGGUUAAUUUAUUUCUUAGCCUCUAGAAAUAUCUCUCUCGUAGUCCGUACUUAAUUGUAAAUCAUAAAGUCGUCAUGAUGUGUAGCAUAUAGGGAUACGUAAGAGCGACGAAGAAGCCGUCUAUAAACGCGCGAGGGGCGAAAUUUACGCGAGCAAUAAAACGAUAAAAAGCGCAUGCGUCGCUGGUAUAUUACACAUUGUGAAUCAAGACGGGGAGGAAAGAUCGGACACUUUUACGGUAGCGCCGCGCGAACACGAUUGUAAAUUCGUUCGGUUUCGCGCUUCCUCGGUGACUAAUGAGGACGAUUCCUCGCCGAGUACGCGAAAAUUAGUCAGAAGCACAGCGCGCCGCUCUCUCUCUCUCUCUCUCUCUCUCUCUCGUGAUUAUUUUACGGGCGUUGUAAAGUGGAUGCGGCGAACGAUAGGCGAAAGAAAAGGCAAAGCGUUGCGCUUCCGGCGACCUGGCGUGUACAGUUCGUGAGAAGAAACGAGUAAUUUCGCUCUAAUGAGCAACCGUAUGCAUCGUUAUCUUGGAUAUUUUUGCAUAUAUACUUCUCAGCGUAUUCGUUUCGAAUUAUUAUUAUUUUGUAUUAUAUAUUUUUAAGCGAGACGUGCGAGAUUUAUUCAAAAUCGUGUUUGGAAAAGUAUUUGAAACGAUCUCUCAAAAAGUGAAACUAUCACACUAUAUAUUAUUAUUAUUAUUAUUAUUAUCAUCAUUAUUAUUAUUAUUUUAGAGUAGUUUAAAAUACUAACCAGUGAAUUUGCAUUUUCAAUCGCAGUCGUACGCGCAUUUAGCAGUUCUUUUAAACAUAGUUGAAGAUAAUUGUAACAUUGCUGUAUUGCUGUGACACGAAGCAUGAUGAUAAUAUAAUUAUGAUGUAGAAAAGUUUUACGGAAUGAAAAAUUCACUUUUAGUAUUUUAAAAGAACGAUACUGUUAUAUAUUCCAAGCCAUAAUGAAAUUCGUGCCAUUUAAUUGAUGCACGAGGCUAUUGUUGAUAUAAGCUAUUAAUAUUAUUUUUCCUGACUUUACUGUUACUACCGUAUGAAAUGAGCAUAAUCGCAACUGAGACUUUAUUUUGAUUUAUGAAAAAUAACUCAAACAACGUAGUGAUUCUAUUAAAACAGCCACUGAAUAUCAAAAAAUAAUCCUAAGAAAGUUAUCCUGUAACAUAUUAUUAAAUAUACUAGUCAGAAAAAACGAUUUGGCGUUUAUUUUACUUAUUUAUAAAGGUAUUUUAAUCAAAAGGGUCUUGUUAAAACAUGAUUUUUUAUUUACUGCUUGAAGUACGUCAAAUAAAAACGUGUAGUAACACUGAAAAGGAAGAUAUCGGACGGUACAAUAAUAUACAGCCGUCCAUACGGUUACCAAAACAAUUUUUGUGCAGCUUUUCGCAUAGAAAAGUACAAAAUCUAAAUAAAUCUGCACAAACUCUCCUCUGUGCCAAUUUCGCUCGUAAAAAAUCUCAAACACUCAGCAAGUAACAACGCAUUCACUUUAAUCAGUCCUUUCGAAUAUAUCGACAAUUUUCGAAUUACCCUUGCAUAAUAUCUAUUCGCAAUACGAUCAAUCAUUCUCUAUUAGUAAAAA